AAUCAAUGAACCAUACUCAUAUCUCUCAUUAUAUAAAUGUGCGAGUGUGUGUGUAUAGAUGCGUAAUCCACGUAUUUAAGCAAGUACUACAUUAUUAAAAGACGACCUAGUGUUUCCGAAGUCCACUUCUUCUCGAAAACAUCUCUGUGUAUAUAUACACACACACCACACACCUAGGUUUCCCAAUAUAUAUAUAUAUAUAUAUAUAUAUAUGUAUAAAUAUUAAUGGAAACUCUGUUGUUAGUCUCUAAUGGUUUCCGAUGCUCCACCCUUCCGGCAAGCUACGUCCGGCCCGAGCCCGAAAGGCCCAAACUUUCUGAAGUUGCAGACUUUUUCAAUGCUCCCAUCGUUGAUUUGGGCUCUGCCGAUCCAAUUCUCAUAGCCCGACAAAUUUCUCAUGCUUGUCAACACUAUGGCUUUUUUCAGGUGAUAAACCAUGGUGUGGCAAUCGAGAGCAUGGAGAAAAUGUUGGAGGUGACAAGAGACUUCUUCCAUUUGCCUGUUGAGGAGAAGAUGAAAUUGUACUCAAAUGACCACACAAAAACCACAAGAUUGAGCACUAGCUCUAAUCUUCAAAAGGAGAAGAUUCAUAAUUGGAGAGAUUAUCUUAGGCUCCAUUGUCACCCUUUGGACAAGUUUGUCAAUGAAUGGCCAACAAACCCUACAUCUUUCAAGGAAAUUGUGAGCAAUUAUAGCAUGGAAGUCCGAAAACUGGGGCUGAGAUUGCAAGAAGUGAUUUCAGAGAGUUUGGGGCUUGAAAAAGAGUACAUAAAUAGUAGUUUAGGCGAAGCGGGACAGCACAUGGCAAUUAACUAUUACCCAGCUUGCCCAGAGCCCGAACUCACAUUCGGCCUCCCUGCCCAUACAGAUCCCAAUACUCUCACAAUUCUCCUCCAAGACACGCAGGUAACGGGCCUUCAAUUGCUCAAAGAUGGAAAAUGGUUGUCUGUCAAGCCCUUCCCAAAUGCAUUUGUCGUCAACAUUGGUGAUCAACUCCAGGCGUUGAGCAACUCCAAAUACAAAAGCACGUGGCACAGAGCAGUAGUGAACGCCCAGAAAGCAAGAAUUUCGAUAGCUACAUUCUUGUGCCCUAGUAACAACGCUGUCAUCAAAGCUCCAUCACAGCUCAUUAAGGACCCAUCAGAAGCCAUUUAUAGAGACUACACUUAUGCAGAGUAUUAUGAAAAAUUCUGGAGCAGAAACCUUGAUGAGGGUCAUUGCUUGGAACUUUUCAAGAUUCAAGAAUGAUACUUUGAUGUCCUACAAUCUCUACAAUAAAUGUGUUUAGCCUUAUUCCAAUAACGUUUGUUGUAACAAAUUCAUUAAGGUUUAAGGAUGUCCACUCUCAUGUUAUAUCUUUA